AUGAGGGAAGCCAGCUGCACUGUUGUAAUUGCUCGCAUAAUAAAAUUUAGAAAAAAAUAUAUAUAUAAAAAAAUUUGAAAAAUUAACAAAAAACCACUUGUAUAAAUAAAAAGAAUUGAAGUAAACAAAAAUUAAUAGAAAAGAAAAUAUGAAAAGUGUUUAAAAAAAUUGUCUUCGUGUAAAUAGUGACUAUGGAUAUCUCUUGCAGUUUGCCUGCCGUUAAGCAGUCGACUACAGAAAAUGAUAAGAGUAAGAAAAUGACUCAAUCCGUUGUAACAGAUGAUUACGACCCUUACGAACAUCGCCAAGUUAAACAUCCCACCAAUAAUUGGCAGACGUUUGCCCAUUUUCUCAAGGCCAGUAUCGGUACCGGCGUAUUAGCCAUGCCUGCUGCCUUCGCAAAUGCAGGUUACAUAAAUGGUUUCCUAUUAACAGUAAUAAUUGGGAUCGUAGCAGUACAUAGUUUGCAUAUAUUGAUUGAUUGCAUGUAUGAGUUAUGUAAACGUAAACGUGUUCCAUAUCUUUCAUUUUCCGAAGCCAUGACUGUAGGUUUCCAGGAGGGACCACCCAUAUUUAAAUGCAUUUUACCCAUAGCAAAACCGUUCGUUGAUGGUUUUUUGGCUUUCUAUCAUUUUGGCACGUGCUGCGUUUAUGUGGUUUUCAUAGCGGAGAGUAUAAAGCAAAUUAUCGAUGAAUACUCCGUGGUUUUAGAUGUACGUCUGCACAUGUGUUUUAUAUUGUUACCAUUAUUUUUAAUUUUCAGUAUACGUAAUUUACAAAUAUUGGCAACAUUCUCAUCAGUGGCCAAUUUGCUGUUGUUUGUGGGUUUCGGUGUUAUUUUAUAUUAUGUUUUCGAUGAUUUACCAGCGAUACAAGAACGAAAACCCUUUGAAACUUUAAAUAAAUUACCGAUAUUUUUUGGCACCGUAUUAUUCGCCUUAGAAGCCAUUGGUGUGAUUUUGGCUAUAGAGGAAAAUAUGGAAAAACCUAAAGCUUUCGUAAAGCCAUGUGGCACUUUGAAUUUGGGUAUGUUAAUAGUCCUGGGUCUUUACAUUGCAAUAGGCUUUUUCGGUUAUUUGAAGUACGGCGAUAAAGCCUUGGGCAGUAUUACGUUAAAUUUACCACAGAAAUCUAUUUUAGCUCAAGGUAUAAAAAUAUUCUUUGCUAUAACAAUAUGGAUCUCAUACGCUUUACAGGGUUAUGUAACCGCCAACAUAGUAUGGAAUAAAUAUUUAGCGAAACGUGUAAAGGAUACUGGGAAGCAUGUGCUCUUUGAAUUACUUGUACGCUGUGCUAUCGUUUUGCUCACAUUUGCAUUCGCGAUUGCUUUACCGGAUUUAUCGCUGUUCCUGUCACUUGUGGGUGCAUUUUGCCUAUCAAUAUUGGGUUUGAUUUUUCCCGCUUUACUACAGAUUUGCGUUCAAUAUCGUACCGGCUAUGGCAAAUGGAAAUUUAGAUUAGCGAAAAAUCUAUUACUAAUAAUAUUUGGUGCUGUCGGCGGCAUGAUGGGCACUUACGUUAGUAUAAUGGAAAUCGUCCGGGCUUAUACAAAGUAUACUUAAACAUCAAUGAGCAUCGUAGAAUGAAAAGAGGCAAAAAGAAAAGGAAACCUCGCAGUACGUCAUAUGUAUUGAAUAAAGUUUA